AUGCCAGGCAUCAUACUUUCUCCCAGCGCCAGCAGCGAGGGCGCCAUCGCAGGCAUGAAGAGAGCACAUGAUGCGGGAAACGCGCCGACAUACGGAGAGCCACAUCCCAAGAAGCGGCAAGUCGUUCGGGCGCUGCACCACACGCAGCCCAUCCAGCACAUCGCCGAACCCAUCAGCGCAGAGCUCGAUCCCUUUGGCGAGAGCAAAGACUUCUUCGAUCAGCAAUUGCGCCGCGCAAUAGCGAUACAAUGCAAAGGCGUCGGCUUCGAGAGCGCGCGCCCGGACGCGUUGGAGGAGUUCCGGGCACUGGUCGAUUCCUACAUGACCAACUUUCUAGCACAAGUACGGACGUCAAUGACCAGCUCGCGGCGCACCGAAACCGUAGCCCACGACUGGAUCUACGCCCUCACAUCUGCCGGCCUACGCGGCUCGGCUUCCCUCGAACAACAUAUUGACACAGGUGAAGUUCCACCAUUGGUACUGCAACCAUACUUUGAACCUCCUGCGCCUCCAGAGGCUCCGCCGCCCGACACCGAGUCCUUGCUGGGUCUUGGUCUUUCCGGCAAGGCGGACAAAGAAACGCGCCGCUAUAUACCAAAGCAUUUCCCCGGUUUCCCAUCAAAACACACGUAUACAGCAACGCCCGUCUUUACCAAACGCGAAAAUGAUCCGCGCAAGAUCCGCGAGAAGGCGACUGAGGAGGGCAUCCUUGCCGAACAGAGUCUUCGAAAACUCAUGGCGGCACAGAAGGCAGGCGUCCAGAAACAGAACGUUGGCAAGCGCAAGCGCAGCAGGCGCAUGAAGGAGAGCGACCAGUUGUGGCAAGCCGCUAUGAAAGACCUGCUCGACGAAGAGAACCAGCGAGAGAAGGAGGAAGAGCGGCGGCAAGCCCAGACGGACGAGUACGACGAUGACUGGGAUAUGCCCCAAGACGCUCCAAUACGGCAGCUGACGACUGAUCGGAACGUCAACCUUGAGGAAGGCGUACAUGUCAACUACGACCAGAAAUACUGGAGAAAUACGCCAGAUGCAACUGCCUUCUUCUUCGGCUGCUCUGAGAGACAUUUGUACUGUACCAGUUCCUUCAGCACACAAUCGCCCAAUUUGACUUUUGGAUUCCGUGGCUUGCCGGACGGCAAAGUGUUGAUUGACGCUUCCAACUCGGAGACGGGGAUCGUUGAAAUCGGUGGUGCCAUUGCGCGAAGCAAGGUCUUCAGAUCUCUUCGAGAGUUUGUUAUAAGCGAGGAUAACGUUACCAUUGGCACGAAUACCACCCAAACAUCACAUUUCAAUGUCCCGGAGAUUGACCGUCUCAUUUCUGGCUCAGGAUCCCCGAUCCUUGAAAUCAUCUCCCCACCACCAACACAACACCCCUCUGGAGCUGGGAAAACAUCACUUCUCUAUUUCAUGAUUGCCCACGCCAUACUCCCCCCAACUUUCCGCGCCGUCUCAGUAGGCGGCCAAGGGGUAGCCGUCGUUCUUUUCGACCCACUACAUCACUUCAGCAUCCUUCGGUUAGCAGAAACAAUGCUGUCCAUCGUAAAUUCGCAACUCCUUUCCACAGAUCUGGAGAUCAAUGAACCCCUAAGAGUCGACGUCAAAAUCAUGGUCAAGACCGCACUCCAACACCUCCAUAUCUUUUACCCUAAGUCCUGGCCUUCCCUACUAGCUACUCUUGAUUCCCUACCAGACUACCUGUUGAACCAGACGACUCCACACAAGAGUAUGCACCGCCGUAUCCAGUCCAUUGUCUUGGAAGACAUCGACGCUUUUAUCUGGUCGAUACGAAACACAAACAAUUCUUCUGUCUCCAUGUCGUCAAACACUUUGGCAAUGGCAUCCACACAACUCAUAAUCCGCCUCACCAAGCUAAUCAAACUACUCUCCUGUGGCGCGGUACUUACGUCGCAUUCUACCUCGCAAUCAUCAUACAGGCCUGCUUUACCUACGUCAUGGCCUCAAGGUACGUCGGUCACGCGAUUAGCAAUCCGCCGUGUAGACGUACCCAAGUUUGCUCCCGCAAUCAGUGUUGAAGAGGCUGAAAAAGAGAGACUGCAGCGUUGGGAGGUAGCUAGUCGGGGGCGGUUUGAGUGCUGGAAGGUAGGCGCAGGCGCAAGAGAUGGCGAGGGUUUUGCUUUCAGGGUUGGGAAGGCAAUCGAGGUGGAGAGAGGAGGUCGAGGGUGA